UUUACUUUAUUGGUUACCAUCAAUUUGUUCAAUAAAUGGGCUGUACUCAUAGUGCUAACGACAAACAAGCGAAGGAUAGAAGCAGGCAAAUUGACGAACAGUUGAAAACGGACCAUGAACGUUCACAAAGGGAGGUUAAACUCUUACUUCUGGGCGCUGGUGAAUCUGGGAAAAGUACAAUUGUAAAACAAAUGAAGAUUAUUCACGAGACGGGAUAUAGUGACGAUGAACGCAUUGCCUAUCGGCCUGUGGUUUAUUCGAACACUAUCCAGUCUUUGGUUGCAAUUGUAAAGGCAAUGGGCCGUUUAGGAAUUGAAUUUGCCAACCCCUCUCGGAAGGCCGACGUUGAAUCGUUUUAUCAUUUGGCAGAGACUUCAGAGGAUGGAGGACUGCCGCCCGACUUAGCAGCUGUAAUGAAACGUUUAUGGGAAGAUGUUUCUGUCCAGGAAUGUUUUGCACGUUCCCGUGAAUACCAGCUCAAUGACUCUGCCUCUUAUUACUUGAAUUCUUUGGACAGGAUUGCAGCUCAUGGAUAUUUGCCUACACAAGAUGACGUUUUAAGAACACGCGUGAAAACAACUGGAAUUGUUGAAACGCAUUUCACUUACAAGGACCUUUACUUCAAAAUGUUUGAUGUCGGCGGGCAACGUAGUGAAAGGAAAAAGUGGAUUCAUUGCUUUGAAGGAGUCACCGCGAUUAUUUUCUGUGUGGCAUUGUCUGAAUAUGACAUGGCUUUGGCAGAAGAUGAAGAAAUGAAUCGAAUGAUUGAGAGUAUGAAGCUUUUUGACUCCAUUUGCAACAAUAAAUGGUUUUUGAAUACGUCUAUAAUUCUUUUCCUAAACAAGAAAGAUCUUUUUGAGGAAAAAAUUAGUCGGUCACCAUUGACUUUGUGUUUUGCUGAGUAUACAGGCUCAAAUACUUAUGAAGAAUCAGCCGCCUAUAUUCAAUUGCAAUUCGAGUCGUUAAAUAAACGAAAGGAUGGCCAAAAGGAAAUUUACACUCAUUUCACUUGUGCCACAGAUACGAAUAAUAUUCGGUAUGUUUUUUAUAAUAUUUUUAAGCUUAGUUUUCUAAUUUCCGUUUCUGCUUUUAUUUUUGCUUUCGUUUAUUUUUUCUUAUUUAUUUCAAGUUUUCUAAAAAUAAGUUUUUUUUUUGAAUGGGUACCGUUAAUUAAUUUCCGUUUCUGAAUUUAUACUAACAAGAUCUAACCUGAUAUUUUCUCAUUUAAUUCUAAAUCUCCAAAUUCAAUAUCUUUCCCUUACAUUGAAAGGAGGAAAUAUAUAUUAGAUUUUUUUGACUUUAUCUUUGUUUGUUUUUGAGGUUUGUUUUUGAUGCCUGUACUGAUAUUGUAGUGAGAGAGAAUUUACGGCAAUGCGGUCUUCUCAUCUAACAAUAAAUAAAAAAUUUCUUUAACAACUAUUAAAUACGCACAUAAACACACUAACACACACAAACAUUCGUUUAUAUUUUUUGCUCGUCCUUAUGUUUUUGACACAAUCCAAUUUUUCGUAUGCUUUGCUUUUUUGAUCAGUUAAAAAUAAAAAUAAGUUUUUUAUAAGAAUUAUUAAGAUUAACAACGGAAAUGUAUUCGUUAACUAGCAUUUGAUUUAUUUUUGACCUUUAACCAUCCUUAUUUAAAUCUCUUUUGUGCUGUUUGUGUGUUUUAUGUUGCGCUCGCAUUUCCGUUGUUUGGUUUUUGGAAUUAUUUUUAUACUCACUUCUCUCCAACUUUACGAUUAAUUUUAUUUUGGUCUUGUUU